AUGCCUGACAAACAGACAGAUAGACAAAAGAAAAGGCAACACUUGAUACCUGGACAACAGACAGAUAGACAAAAGAAAUGGCAACACUUGAUGCCUGACAAACAGACAGAUAGACAAAAGAAAUGGCAACACUUGAUGCCUGACAAACAGACAGAUAGACAAAAGAAAUGGCAAUACUUGAUGCCUGACAAACAGACAGAUAGACAAAAGAAAUGGCAACACUUGAUGCCUGACAAACAGACAGAUAGACAAAAGAAAUGGCAACACUUGAUGCCUAUUAAACAGACAGAUAGACAAAAGAAAUGGCAACACUUGAUGCCUGACAAACAGACAGAUAGACAAAAGAAAAGGCAACACUUGAUACCUGGACAACAGACAGAUAGACAAAAGAAAUGGCAACACUUGAUGCCUGACAAACAGACAGAUAGACAAAAGAAAUGGCAACACUUGAUGCCUGACAAACAGACAGAUAGACAAAAGAAAUGGCAACACUUGAUGCCUGACAAACAGACAGAUAGACAAAAGAAAUGGCAACACUUGAUGCCUGACAAACAGACAGAUAGACAAAAGAAAUGGCAACACUUGAUGCCUGACAAACAGACAGAUAGACAAAAGAAAUGGCAACACUUGAUGCCUGACAAACAGACAGAUAGACAAAAGAAAUGGCAACACUUGAUGCCUGACAAACAGACAGAUAGACAAAAGAAAUGGCAACACUUGAUGCGUGGACAACAGACAGAUAGACAAAAGAAAUGGCAACACUUGAUGCCUGACAAACAGACAGAUAGACAAAAGAAAUGGCAACACUUGAUGCCUGACAAACAGACAGAUAGACAAAAGAAAUGGCAACACUUGAUGCCUGACAAACAGACAGAUAGACAAAAGAAAAGGCAACACUAG